AUGGCAGCUUUGAAGGAGCUUCUUCCUCCAGUGAAAUCGACUGGAACUACACAUUAUGACCACUCGAAUGAUCCAUGGUUCAAGCAAAGGUAUACUGCAGCGGAGGCCGAGAAAGCUGCCACAAUCAAGGCCAAUCCAGUGCCUCCAUACUUGAAAAGGCAGGGCUUUCGGCCAACAAAGCUUGAGGAUUAUGGUGAUGGCGGGGCAUUCCCAGAGAUUCUCUUUGCUCAAUACCCUCUUGAUAUGGGGAGGAAAAGGGACGGGAACCCCGGGGCGAAGACGUUGCCUGUUACUGUUGAUGAGCAUGGUAAUGUGACGUUUGAUGCGAUUGUGAAGCAGAAUGAAAAUGCUUCGAAGAUUGUUUAUUCGCAGCAUAGGGACCUUGUCCCGAAAGUUUUGAAAAAUGAUGAGGAAGAGGGCGAGAUGGAAUCAGAUGAGAAGAACGAGGAAAUUGAAGAGACCACCCAGCAGACAAAAGCGGCCCUUGAGAAAAUUGUGAACGUGAGGUUGAGUGCAGCACAGCCUAAAAAUGUACCCACUCAAUCUUCCGAUUCCAAGUUUAUUAAGUAUAAACCUUCGCAGCAGUCGGCAGCUUUUAAUUCGGGUGCUAAGGAGAGGAUUAUUAGGAUGGUGGAGAUGCCUGUGGACCCGUUAGAACCACCAAAGUUUAAGCAUAAGAGGGUUCCCAAGGCAUCUGGUUCUCCACCUGUGCCAGUUAUGCACUCUCCGCCUCGACCUGUGACUGUGAAGGACCAGCAGGAUUGGAAAAUCCCACCGUGUAUUUCAAACUGGAAGAACCCGAAAGGGUAUACAAUUCCACUUGACAAGCGUUUGGCUGCAGAUGGUAGGGGGCUUCAGGAUGUUCAGAUUAAUGACAAUUUUGCAAAGCUUUCUGAGGCAUUGUAUGUGGCAGAACAGAAGGCUAGAGAGGCCGUGGCAAUGCGCUCAAAGGUUCAGAAGGAGAUGAUGAUGAAAGAGAAAGAAAGAAAAGAGAUGGAGCUGCGUGAGUUGGCUCGGAAGGCAAGGUCUGAGCGAACUGGUGCUGCACCACCGGCUGUUGCUCCAGUGUCUUCUGAGAAGAUUAUGAUGGAUGCUGAUGAUAUGGGUGGGGACUAUGAACGCGUGAAAGAGAGGGAUGCCCCAAGGGAGACAAAGGAGGAAAGGGAGGAGCGAUUACAAAGGGAGAAAAUUCGUGAGGAGCGGCGACGGGAGAGGGAGAGAGAAAGGAGAUUGGAGGCCAAGGAUGCUGCAAUGGGAAAGAAGAGUAAGCUUACUAGAGAUAGAGAUCGCGAUGUUAGUGAGAAAGUUGCUCUUGGGAUGGCAACUACUGGAGCAGGAAGAGGAGGAGAGGUUAUGUAUGACCAGAGAUUGUUCAACCAGGAGAAGGGAAUGGAUUCUGGGUUUGCUACCGACGAUCAGUACAAUGUCUAUGACAAGGGCCUAUUUACUGCCCAGCCUACACUUUCUACACUGUACAGGCCCAAGAAAGAUGUUGACAAUGAUAUGUACGGAGGUGCAGAUGAGCANGACGAUCAGUACAAUGUCUAUGACAAGGGCCUAUUUACUGCCCAGCCUACACUUUCUACCCUGUACAGGCCCAAGAAAGAUGUUGACAAUGAUAUGUACGGAGGUGCAGAUGAGCAGAUGGAGAAGAUAAUGAAGACUGAUCGAUUUAAGCCUGAUAAGGCAUUUGUGGGCACAUCUGAGAAAACUGGUCCGAGAGAUAGGCCUGUUGAAUUUGAGAAAGAGGCUGAAGAAGCUGAUCCAUUUGGCCUUGACCAGUUCUUGACAGAGGUGAAGAAGGGUAAGAAAGCCAUGGAUAAAGUGGGCAGUGGAGGUACUAUGAAAGCAAGUGCUGGGUCAUCCAUGCGAGAUGGCUACGAAGCAUCUAAUAGAACUCAGGUUCCUCAUCAUUGCUGCGUUGCUCUGGAAAUUUUGAAAGAGGAAGAGAUGCAGGAAGAGACCAAGGUGUACAACCCAUGA